AUGUUUUAUUUUUUUUUUUACUUCAUUUAUUUUUAUUUCGUUUUUCUUUUCCUUCCCUUUUUUUUAUUUUGUUUUUCUUUUCCUUCCCUUUUUUUUUUAUUUCGUUUUUCUUUUCCUUCCCUUUUUUUUUUUUUCGUUUUUCUUUUCCUUCCCUUUUUAUUCUGUUUUUCUUUUCCUUCCUUUUUAUUUCGUUUUUCUUUUCCUUCCCUUUUUAUUUCGUUUUUCUUUUCCUUCCCUUUUUAUUUCGUUUUUCUUUUCCUUCCCUUUUUAUUUCGUUUUUCUUUUCCUUCCCUUUUUAUUUCGUUUUUCUUUUCCUUCCUUUUUUUUUUUUUUUCGUUUUUCUUUUCCUUCCCUUUUUUUUAUUUCGUUUUUCUUUUCCUUCCCUCUUUUAUUCUGUUUUUCUUUUCCUUCCUCUUUUGUUUUUUCAUUUUUUAUUUUAUUUUUACUUCACCUGAUUUGUUAUUUCUUUUUUUAUUCUUUUAA